AUGGCCAAACCAAAUAAGUCCCUGAACGACAUGUGCCAGAAGUGCUUCUCCGGCACAACGACGUCGUCUUCUUCGACUUCUUCAGCGGCUAGCAAGUCGUCACCGAAGAUUAUUCACAAAUCCAGCUCGUCACGAUCGGCGGAGACACGCAAGGUGGCAAAAACAGCGUUAUCAACAUCAGGGGCUUUGGAUUGGCCGAGAUCGGAGGUAAACCGAUGGGCCAGGUGCAGGAGGAAGGUCAGGUUGACCGGAUUUCGUUGCCGGUGUGGCGAGUUGUUUCGCUCCGAGCAUCGGUACAACGACCGACACAUCUGCAGCUACGACUACAAGCCCACCGGACGCGAGGCCAUCGCUCGGGAGAAUCUGGUGGUGAGGGCCGCCAAAAUCGUCAUAGUGAUUAUUUUGUAG